AUGCAUAUCGAAUCUAUUCCCAUGUGGACCGGGACCGGUAACAACUAUGCAUACUUGAUUUCAGAUGAUGCAACAAAGGAUGCCAUGGUAGUGGACCCAGCAAACCCUCCAGAGGUCAUCCCGGUUCUUACAUCCCACAUACAUGACCGGAAGAUCAACCUAAAGGCUAUCAUAAACACCCACCACCACCAUGAUCAUGCUGGCGGGAAUGAGGGAAUUCUCAAACAAUUUGGCAAACUUCCGGUGAUUGGCGGGAAAGACUGUGCCCACGUCACGCAAACUCCCGGACACAGCGAGAAGUUCAAAAUUGGGGAGCGGAUUACCGUCACUGCUUUACACACCCCUUGUCAUACCAAAGAUAGCAUUUGUUACUUUGCCGAAGAUGGAGACGAACGCGUCGUAUUUACCGGUGACACGCUAUUUAUUGGGGGCUGCGGGAGGUUCUUCGAAGGUGAUGCAACCCAAAUGCACAAGGCGCUCAACGAAGUCCUGGCUUCACUCCCAGAUGAUACAAGAGUAUAUGUGAGUCGCAUGAUCUUCUCCAUUUGGGCCGUUCCGCAGUUUUCCCAGUCGGAUGCAGUCAAGAAACUCGAAGACUAUGCCAAUAAUCACCAACAGACCCAGGGAAAAUUUACAAUUGGUGAUGAGAAGCUUCACAACGUCUUUAUGCGUGUCACAGACCCUGAAGUCCAGAAGGCCAUAGGUGUUUCAGACCCAGUUGAGGUUAUGAACCUUUUGAGGAAGAUGAAGAAUAAGAUGUAG